AUGGACACGAAGCCACAUGUUAACAGCGAGGCAAGUGGCCUUUGUGUUCCGUCUGCCUGUACUAAGGAGGAUAUUGCCUUGGGUGUUGGCAUCAUUACCAAAGGCUCAGAUGAAGAGAUAUGGAAUGAGAUAAUGAAGGAGGCCAGUGAGGAACUAACAAGAAAGAAAUCAUUCAGGAAAGCACAGAACCGCAAAUCCACAGAGAAAGAUGCUAACAGCAAUGAUUCAGCCAUUUAUAUUGAAGAAGAACUCAAACUAGUUCAAGCUGAAUUAUCAUCCUUGGAGGAAGUCUGUUCCAAAAUAGAGCGUGAGUUGCAGCUAGUGGAGUCGUUAGAAGCAUCUGUUGCGGCUCCUGCUAUAGAUGUCUAUAUUAGCAGUGAAGGAGACUAUAAAUGUCAAAACCAAACUUUACAGGGACAAAAAGGCGUCAUUCACUCACCUAACUAUCCCGAAAUAUACCCAGAUGGGCAAUACUGCAUGUGGAGGAUCAUGGUGAAAGCAUAUUUUCAGGUGGCCUUAAUGUUUACACGCUUCAGUCUACAAUCUGAGAACAACACGGACGCUGUUUAUGUGUACGAUGGCAAUGACCAGACAGGGAAGGUAUUAGGAGUGUUCUAUGGGGGUCAGUCUCCCCCCAAGAAUGGAAUUUAUUCCUCGUCAAACAGUCUCCUCGUAAUAUUCAGAUCAGAUAAGAAUGGUUCUUUCUAUGGGUUCCAAGCCUCUUAUAGCGCUGUUAAGUGUUCUGGAGCCCUUGGAAUGGAGAGUGGCGCGAUUUCGGAUGCCCAGAUAACUGCUUCUUCGCGAAUGAACAACAACAGCACACCAAGACAGGCGAGACUGAACUUCAUUGAACAGGGAAUCAAGCAAGGGGGUUGGUCGUCUCUUAAAAAUGAUCGUAACCAAUGGCUUCAGGUGGAUCUUGGCAGUCACACCACUGUAACAGGUGUGGCGACUCAGGGAAGGAACUCAACAAAAUGGCGGCAGUGGAUUGCAACUUUCACGUUACAGUUUAGUUUUGACGGAGUGAUCUUCCAGUCAUACAAAGAGCCAGGGAAAAUGUCUGCAAAAGUACUUCACGCCAAUCAAGACAGUGAUACAGUUGUGUAUAACAAGUUGAUCUCACCAAUCAGAGCUCGUUAUAUCAGACUUUUGCCAGUCACGUGGUACAACCAUAUAUCACUCAGAAUGGAGCUUUAUGGGUGUGGAGGUAUUUCAUAA